AUGUCUUGGUUGCCCUGGCUCCUCACUGGGUGGCCCUCCUCAGCCCUCUCCCUGCUGCUUCUCAGUGUAGUGGGCAGACAGACAGGUCUGGAGGUGGUUCAGGCAGUAGUGUGCUCUCAGUGGGGUGCACCGAGCAGCAAGAGCCUCUCCCAGGAUGGAGAUGUAAUUAUUGGUGGACUUUUUAGUCUGCAUAACAUACCUUCAACUAUAGAGCAGGACUUCAGCAAGCUGCCACAUUAUAAACCUUGCACUGGGUUGGAACUAGAGUCAUUACAAUUAAUGUAUGUUAUGGCAUUUGCUGUGGAGGAAAUCAAUCGUAACAGCUACCUGCUGCCAGGAGUGAAGCUGGGCUACCGUAUAUUUGACAGCUGUGGCCGAUACCCCUGGCCUGUUCCUUUGCUCAUUGCUGCUUCUUCAUCUACGAUAGGAAUAAUACUGUCCAGGAUCCUAGAACCUCUCUUUGUACCAGUUAUCAGCUAUUUGGCUAGCUGUCCCUGUCUUAGUGACAGAUCCAAGUUUCCUAACUUCUUCAGAACCAUCCCCAGUGAUAUUUAUCAAGCCCGGGCCAUGGCAAGACUGGCUAUACGCUUCCACUGGACUUGGAUUGGAGCUGUUAUUGUAAACAAUGACUAUGGUCAACUGGCGAUACAGGUAUUUCAGGAAGAGAUUCGUGGGAAAGGGGUGUGUUUGGAAUUCAUAGAGAUUGUCAACAGAGUAACUAUUUUGAGUGAUGCCAAACGUAUAGCCCACACAAUUCAGUCUUCCACUACAAGGGUGAUUCUGAUCUUUUGCUGGUAUACUGAUGUAAAGGAAGUUUUUCUGGAACUGGCCAAAAGAAAUGUGACUGACAGACAGUUUCUGGCCAGUGAGGCCUGGAGUACCAGUGAUGAUCUUCUCCAAGAUCUUGCCAUCUCAAAGGUGGCAAGUGGUGUUCUUGGUGUGGCCAUUCGAAGUUCAAAAAUAUCUGGAUUUGAAAAUUAUCUCAGAAAUUUGCACCCACGUCAUCGUCCUGAUGAUGAAUUCUUAAGAGAAUUCUGGGAAAAGGAGUUUGGUGGUACAGAGUCUCUGGAGGGAGUACAGAAUCUCUUUACUGACACCUCCCAGUUAAGGGUGUCAUAUAAUGUCUACCUUGCUGUUUAUGCUGCAGCCCACGCCCUACACAGCCUUCUCUCCUGCCCCAAAAGAGACAGUCCCCCCAGAAACAACAUCUCAACUUGCUCUUCUUCAAAAUCCAUCAAGUCAAUAGAGCUGUUGCAGCACUUGAACAAAGUGAAUGUCACCACACCACAGGGUGAAAUGUUUUAUUUCCAAGGGGCCGACAUUCCAGCAAAGUACGAUCUUGUCAACUGGCAGAACACUCCUGAGGGGACACUAAAACUUGUUUUGAUUGGUCGUGUGGAUGGAUUUGAUCUCAUCCUUAAUGAAUCAGCUAUUCAGUGGAGCACAGGAUCCAAUCAGGUGCCUGUUUCAGUGUGCAGUGAGAGCUGCCCUCCAGGGACCAGAGUGGCCACCAGGAAAGGGGAACCUGUCUGCUGCUUCGACUGUAUCCCAUGUGCUGAAGGGGAGAUCAGCAAUACAACUGGUUCCCCCCACUGUGAGCGUUGUCCAUCUGAGUUUUGGUCCGAUGCUGAACGAACUGCCUGCAUCCCUCGUCAAGUGGAUUUCCUUUCCUUUAAUGAAACUUUGGGCAUUACUUUGGCUACAGCAGCUGUGUCUGGGGCUACGGUGACAACAGCUGUGUUUGUGGUUUUUCUUAAAUACCAUCAAACACCUAUGGUACGAGCCAACAACUCAGAACUGAGCUUUCUGCUUCUUGUGUCGCUGAAGCUCUGCUUCCUGUGCUCACUGGUGUUCAUUGGUCGUCCAUCAGUCUGGGCUUGUCGGUUCCAGCAGGCAGCUUUUGGGAUCAGCUUUGUACUUUGUGUUUCCUGCCUCCUGGUAAAAACCAUAGUGGUUCUGGCUGUUUUCCGCUCAGCUCGGCCUGGUGCUGAAGCCUUGAUGAAGUGGUUUGGUCCAGGCCUACAGAGAGGAAGUGUCUGCUUCUUUACCUGUAUACAGGUUAUCAUCUGUGCUGUAUGGCUGUCUCUCAGCCCCCCUGUGCCUCAUCAUGAUCUGGGUUUCCAAGGGUCAAAGGUCACCCUGAAGUGUGCCAUGGCCUCUGAGGUGGGCUUUUCUCUUGUCCUGGGUUAUAUUGGCCUGUUGGCCUGUACCUGCCUCCUCUUGGCCUUUCUUGCUCGGAAACUUCCUGACAACUUCAAUGAGGCCAAACUGAUCACUUUCAGCAUGCUGAUCUUCUGUGCUGUCUGGGUGGCCUUUGUCCCUGCUUAUGUUAGCUCUCCUGGGAAGUAUGUUGUCGCUGUGGAAAUCUUUGCAAUUCUUGCUUCUAGCUAUGGUUUACUGCUCUGCAUAUUUGCUCCAAAAUGUUUCAUUAUUCUUUUGAGGCCUGAGAAGAACACUAAGAAACACCUGAUGGCUAGAUAG